AUGAGUUGGUUUCUGCGGCUCGGCUUCACGCGGUUCGGCCCCGUGUUCUCUGCCUCUGCCGCGACACCCCUCUCCUGCUCAUUUCCGCCCCGGCCCAAACCCUCGGCCCAGUUUGAACCAGGAUCCACGGGGAGAGAUAUUGGAUCGGACCAGUGGCCGGCUCGUGUUUUGAUGUCGGAUGCCUUUGUAAGAAGAGCAGCCCCCCCGCCGCCGCCACAGCCCCCCCGCAGCAGCGACCCCCCCGCCGCCACAGAGCCUCUCUCCUGCGGCGAGAUGUGCGAGCACCAAGAGGCUUCCAUCAAAUUGGACUGCUCCAGACUGGACUGCUUCAAACUGGACUGCUCCAAACAGGACUGCUCCAAACAGGACUGCUCCAAACAGGACUGCUCCAGACAGGACUGCUCCAAACAGGACUGCUCCAGACAGGACUGCUCCAAACAGGACUGCUCCAGACUGGACUGCUUCAAACUGGACUGCUCCAGACAGGACUGCUCCAGACAGGACUGCUCCAAACAGGACUGCUUAAAACUGGACUGCUCCAAACUGGACUGCGAAAGCAAACUUUUAACUCUGGUGUUCCCAGAGGGCCACGCCCCUUCAGACAGGAAGUGGAUCCUCCGACAGAACAGAAGCGACCGCAGCGGCGAAGGCACGGACGGCGAGGAGGACUAUUGCAUCAUCAGAGACCGCUCAAAAACAACACGCGGUCGUCGUACCGAGAGAGAAUCGGGAAAAGUCUGUUCCCACGAGACCAGCUGA